GGGUUUAUUUCUGUUUGGACGGUCACGUAAGCAUUUCGUAAGCUAAAGCGCUAAAGUGGUAAAACUUAGUUUGCUUCUCAAGAUUGGCAAGUUUCAUGUUUUCUCGUUCGGUUGCUCAACUUAACUUCCGCCACUACGGUAUGGUAAUAAAUCAACGGUAUUUCCAUGGUGGAAAUGUUAUUCCCCGUUGGCGUUGUACAGCCUCAGGGCCAGUUGACGUGUUGGUAACAUUUGCGCACAAUAAUAAUGAACAAUGGACUUUGGUAAAUGAAAAUGCAAAUCGAGUGGUGUUGGUAGUGGUUAGGUGAUGGUGGUAGGUUUAUGACUUAGAACUACAACUACAUAUGUAUAUCUAUAUAUUACUACAUAGUUGGCAGUUGGCUGUUAUGUGCUCAGGGCGUACUAUUGUCACCUGGUGAUUCGUGACUUGCAAGACAGUAACUGACAGUACGUAUUAAUAUAUAUACACGUGUGGAAGAAUUAAUAGACACUUUGAGAGAUAUGUAUUACUGUGGAUUAUGUCUUCAGUCUUGAAUAUUACACUCCAACAUAUUGAGGUUGCUCUGACAGUAAUCUUCUAAGAUAAUAAAAUUCUGAUGAUAAUAGAGUAAAAAUAAUGCUCGCACAAUCCAAUUUGUGUCACUGCAGUCACUGCGAUGAUGAUACUAAACUUCUGGAUACCAAAGAAAAUAAUUUAGCUGAGAAUGGUGAUGAUAAUAAUAACGAUAGAAAUGAAACCGACGGUAUGGACGAUGAAGAUGAAACGACCAUGGACUAUCAAUUACUACUAAAAGAAGAUUUCGAUGGCGAUGGAAUUCUCACUAUUUGCGCUCGAGAUCGUGACCAUGAGGAUCGAUCUUUCCCAAGUAUUUGCCAUAUGUUGUGUCACAAUGCUUGCACUGAAUUUAACAGUAAAGAAAAUAAAGAAAAUAAUGGAACGUACGACGUGAUGGCGUACAGAACAAAUUAUUAUAAACUUUACGAUGGUCCCUGUCGUAGACAUUACACGUGAUCAACAAUACUCUAAAAAAAUAUAUCGACUUGGAAACUGCUGAAGUUUUUGAAAUGUAAUCAACUUAUUUGAACAAAAAUAUCCAAUAUUAUUAAAUCUUUAUAAAUUGAA